AAGUAAUAAACAGUACUGUUUACUAAUUUUUGUGUUAUCAUAAGAUACUGAAACAAUAACUAAAUAUGCCACUUGAAAGAGAAAACCCAACAAUAGUAGAUACUGAGUGGGUGAAAAUAGGAAAUUUCUCCAAUAUGACAUUUGUGGGCAAAGAUGUUGUGGCGUUUGGAAAGGGCUGUUUCAUAAUUCUGUACAACACAACCACUCAAGAGGAAAUAAUUUACAAGGCCAACAGUGAAGAGAGAGGGGAAGGAGUGCAGUGCCUAGUGGGGUACCAGCAAGCUCAUAUGUUUGCCUUUGCUGAGAUGUCUCCAUACCCAAGAGUGUUUCUGGUGAGGUACCCCUCUCUGGAGCAUGUAUGCAUUCUUCAAGAUCUUCAAGUGGCACACACAUAUCUGGCGAUGUCAUUUGCCGAGAUGGAGUGUUUGGUCUGUUUGACUGGCAUACCAGUUUAUGAGAUAGUAGUUUGGUGUUGGAGAACUGGAACUAAACUUGUAUCACAGCCUACUGGUGUCAUCUGUCAAGACUUGCAAGUUAGAUGCAGCGUGUCAAUGCCUAUUGGAGUCACUUUGUUAGCAAAACACGAGCGAGAAACUGUAUUCCAACUGUGGCAAGUGAACAUCUGCUCCAAGCUGUGUUUACUAAGCAAGACAGAGUUCAUCAAUGGAGGUCUGGACGCAAACACGUACGUCUCUGCGUUCUGUUGGUCUCCAGAGGGCACUCUUAUGGUUGCAGAUACCAACGGCAAUCUCUAUCAGGUUAAGGAAGAAACACAGAGUUACUCUAAAGUGUUCUCUUGGCCAUAUCGGCUGAGAGAGGGUGGUACAGUCAUACCUACCAAUACCCUGUGGUGGAUGGGUGGAGUUGUAAUGUCAGGUCCUAAUGGUUUCAUCCAGUUCAUCAAGAGAGUGAGUAAUACAGAGUUCCAGCCUGGAUGGUGUAUAACCAAUCAAGGACCCCUGCUGGUCAUGUGUGUCAACCGUCUGAGAGACAACUUGGUAGGGUGGUCUCAGGAAAACUCACUUGUGCAACUGUCUGCUACUGACCAAUCUGCCAGUCUGGAAGUAAUGAAGUUCUACGGGGCUGCAGUUCGGCUGUUCUCUUUCAUUCACCCCAUGGACGAUUAUUUUGCCACAAUAAGUGUCCAAGGGGUCCUGGAUACUUGGCAUAAGAAAACUGCAACCCUGGUAGGAUCGAUGCAGAUCACGAAUGCGUUUGUACUGGACAUGCAGUGCAACCCUCAGAUGCCCUACUUGGCUCUGGGCAGAUCUGACGGCACACUGCAGAUCAUAGCUACCAGUGAGGGGGACCCGUACCAGCUGUCAGAGCUCCACCUGUGUUCCGAGGAGAUAACCGGAGUUACCUUCAGCCCCUCGGGCACACUCAUCGUGGUCGCCAGCUACAAGAUUGGCAGAAUAUUUGUCACACAGGGUCUGGUGGGAACCGGACACAGGAUCAAUGUGCUGAAUCAUCUGUUGAGCAACCAACCUAUCGUGGACAUGAUAGUGAUGUUGCCCGGUAAGCUGCUGGUUCUAGUGAAUGACGAGAUGUCGGAAUCUCCCAGUGGUAAGCAGGUGUGCGUCUACUCCCUGCCUCGGCUCGAGGUUGAGGCCAGCUUCACGUUGGACACUACCUACCACGACUUGCUCCACACGGGCCACGCGCUGAUGGCGGUGCCUUACAUCUCGCGCCAGAUCCACUUUUUGAACCUUGAAAUGGCCAUGGAUUCUGGAGAAAUCGAUGUAACAAAAACGUUAACCAGUGGUCAUCAAAUCAGGAAAUUCCACAUUAGCCUCUUUGGCAGCCAUCUUGUCAGUUUUGGAUGGGAUGGUCUGAUAUUCCUGCGGUGCAGAGAGAACUUACAGAUAUUCUGUAUUUUAGAGGCACACCAUCGUUUCGAUUACGGUGUCAAAUACGCCACAGUAGACAGGACUGCAGGAUAUAUCCUGUCCUUGGGAAAGGAGGGAAAUUUCGUCUGCACCAAAGUAUUGGUUCCAUGUGGACAUGUAAAGAAAGAACAUGCAGUUGACAAUGUUUAUGAAUCUUAUUUUGCAAAGAAACCAAUGAAAUCUCCCUCAGCCAUGGUCAGCGCAAAAACUUGGCUAGAAACCCAGAUUCAGCAGAAAUUAAACUUGGAGGCUGCCAUAGCUGCUCCGGAAAUAAAGAACAUCAUUGCUGAUUUCAAAGUUCUUCAAAAAGAGCUAGUGCAGUUGCUGAACGAAAACUAUCGAGCCCCGCCAGAGGAGCAGCUGGAGGUUUUGGAGUUUGACCUGGACACAGAGACGAGGGAGACGCUGCUGGCAGAUGCUGAGCUGGAACGAGACAACGUACGCCGGCUGUUGGAGGCAGAGUGUCGUGAUUGUCUCCGGCUCUCCGAGGUCAUCAAGAAGAAUACCUGGGACCAUAUGGAAGUCAAAUCCAGGUGUAUCAAGGCAAUGUUGGAUGACUUUAGUGUGGACAACUAUGGGUUACCACCAAACCCACAUAGCAUGCAAGAGCAGUUAGUCUGGGAAUGUGAAGCCCGCAAAUUGACAAUAGAAAUGUCUCAGGGUGACCAUUUCGAGCCUUGGUUCCCUUUCCCAAAUGAAACUAAGUCCGUCCCACUUACCCAAAGCACACUUACUCUUACUACUACAUCGAAGGAUAUGUUAGAUAAUGAAAAUAGGGAUACAAUUCUAGCAGAAAAUCAAGGAGAAGCAGAAAAGGAAAAUCCAUAUUUACUAUUCGGGUCUUCAAGCUAUCAGUUUGUGGAAAUCAGCCCUUUGCAUUGUUCCCAGUUUGAAAUGUGUUCAUCGUUUGCGAACUCUUCCGAAAUAAUCUUACUCAAGAGAGUUUGUUUAGACCUGAGAGAGUACUUUAACAAACUUUUUGAUGACAUGUUCCUCCACAAAGAGAAAGAGAUGGCGCUGUUAGCUGACAGAAACGCCCGUUUGAGACACAUCCUCUCUGAGCUUAGGAUAACAUGCAAUGCACCAAUGGAUGUUCUGCCUCCGGAAGAUGCUCAGUGGAGCCAGGAAGAGAAAACUGAAAAAAUUGUCACCAUUGAAGACAGUGAGGUGGCCGAGACACCUUAUAUCUCACCCAGCGAGCAGGCCCUGCUGGACCAGAAGGCUGCUGAGGAGGAGAGAAUCAGGCGACUGCUGGCUGCUGACAACUUUCGGGAAUUGGCCCUUAUAGAGAUGAUGGAUGGGAUGCUGGAGGUGCGCUGGGAGGACGAACUCAAAAAGGAAGUCCCCAAGCCAAAAUGCAUGUUGGAGAAAGACCCAGAAGACUACAAUGAAGCAGAUUUAAAAGCCAUAAAAGAGUAUGAUGAAAAGUGUAAAAUACUUCUCUCAGAACGUGAGAGAUACAGGAAAAUGCUUGAAAUUGAAUAUAAAAAGUUGGAAAGCACCAUACAGGAGUCACUCACUAAAUUCGACAACUCGUUGUUUGAGUUAUUCCAAACAAGACUGAAGGUGGAUGCAGCCAUGAACCAUGAGCAACUGAAGAUUCUGAGGAUACAUCAGCUGAACGAUGACAGGAUACGGAGAGAGAUCCAAGAGAAAGAGAUUGUACAAAAUGUGCAGAUCACUGAGAAGGAGUCAGACUACGCCCACAAGCAAGUGGCUCUCAUGCAAGAAGCUACUACAGAGUGUCGCAACAACUACGAUGCCCUCGUUGUCAAGGACAAAGCCAUGGGGAAGAAGUUCAAGCAGGAAUUUUCUAAUACAAGUGCAACUCCUGCAGUCCUUGAACAGCUUGUUAAGUAUUUCCGGCGGCGACCCAAACUGCAGCAGAGAGCCACACAAUACCCUACUUUGUUGUUGGAACUGGCUCGAUGUGUCGUGGACAAUGACAACUCCUCCUUCAUGCCACCAGAGUUCCACGAGUUCCUGUCAGCCCUGGAGACUCUAGAUCUACCAUCCAGUGCUGCCAUACACUUUGACGAAACUGUUUGGGCGACUCUGGUCCGAGUGCGCAGAGCUAAAAUUGAAUCUGAACUGAAGGUGCGAGCAUAUGCUCUGGAGCUGAAGGAGGCUGAGUACACACUGAGUGUGGUGACCAAGCAGAUGAAGGCUGCGAGAGAGCGAGCGAGUGCUAAUGUGGCAGAGCUGCGAGCCGCCAGGGAGGACAAGAUACGACUCAGCAGAGAUUUGCAGGUCCAAAUAGUGAUGAAACAAGGCUUAGUUGAAACUCCGCUCACGGGGCAUAUUUCCGACUUUGAACAUGCGAUACUCAUCAAUCCGAAAAUAGUGGAGAAGAUCAACCAGCAUGUCAAAUCAGCUGGAUCCAAGAAGCUUGAUGCGAUGAAGCAAGUCACCAAGUUCCACAGAAUCAACAAAUACAAGGAAUGGGAGUACAAGAAGAUGAGAAUGGAGUGCGAGGAUUUAGCGGAAAAGCUCAACAACAUAGAGAGUAUUAAGGUAACAUUAGAAGUUAAACAGUACUUGAAAGAAUUGAUAAAACCACACGAGAGAGAUCAACAGGAAGAUGAAGGAGCUUUAUUGAAGCAGACUGAGGACAACUACAAAAACACAGUAAAAUCUCUGAAAGACGAAAUAAUAAGUGUUGACGAGAAGAUAGAAAACUUCAAGAAGCUGAACAAGAAGGCUGACAAAAGUAUCUUGGACCUGAAGUGUGAUGUCAGUGAGCAGCAGUUGGAGAGAGAUCUCAAGAUGGAGGAAACUGUGAGUGAGGCGGCCAGGAGGAGAAUGGAUAUGAUAGUGAGACGCAGCCAGCUGGUUGCUAGGAUACAGCAAGUCCACAACGACAACUUGUUGCUAGGUACAAAGCGGCAAGAUGAAUACUUGGUCCUGUAUUGUGCUGUUACAGAAUGGAUAUGAUAGUGAGACGCAGCCAGCUGGUUGCUAGGAUACAGCAAGUCCACAACGACAACUUGUUGCUAGGUACAAAGCGGCAAGAUGUAUACUUGGUCCUGUAUUGUGCUGUUACAGAAUGGAUAUGAUAGUGAGACGCAGCCAGCUGGUUGCUAGGAUACAGCAAGUCCACAACGACAACUUGUUGCUAGGUACAAAGCGGCAAGAUGUAUACUUGGUCCUGUAUUGUGCUGUUACAGAAUGGAUAUGAUAGUGAGACGCAGCCAGCUGGUUGCUAGGAUACAGCAAGUCCACAACGACAACUUGUUGCUAGGUACAAAGCGGCAAGAUGUAUACUUGGUCCUGUAUUGUGCUGUUACAGAAUGGAUAUGAUAGUGAGACGCAGCCAGCUGGUUGCUAGGAUACAGCAAGUCCACAACGACAACUUGUUGCUAGGUACAAAGCGGCAAGAUGUAUACUUGGUCCUGUAUUGUGCUGUUACAGAAUGGAUAUGAUAGUGAGACGCAGCCAGCUGGUUGCUAGGAUACAGCAAGUCCACAACGACAACUUGUUGCUAGGUACAAAGCGGCAAGAUGUAUACUUGGUCCUGUAUUGUGCUGUUACAGAAUGGAUAUGAUAGUGAGACGCAGCCAGCUGGUUGCUAGGAUACAGCAAGUCCACAACGACAACUUGUUGCUAGGUACAAAGCGGCAAGAUGUAUACUUGGUCCUGUAUUGUGCUGUUACAGAAUGGAUAUGAUAGUGAGACGCAGCCAGCUGGUUGCUAGGAUACAGCAAGUCCACAACGACAACUUGUUGCUAGGUACAAAGCGGCAAGAUGUAUACUUGGUCCUGUAUUGUGCUGUUACAGAAUGGAUAUGAUAGUGAGACGCAGCCAGCUGGUUGCUAGGAUACAGCAAGUCCACAACGACAACUUGUUGCUAGGUACAAAGCGGCAAGAUGUAUACUUGGUCCUGUAUUGUGCUGUUACAGAAUGGAUAUGAUAGUGAGACGCAGCCAGCUGGUUGCUAGGAUACAGCAAGUCCACAACGACAACUUGUUGCUAGGUACAAAGCGGCAAGAUGUAUACUUGGUCCUGUAUUGUGCUGUUACAGAAUGGAUAUGAUAGUGAGACGCAGCCAGCUGGUUGCUAGGAUACAGCAAGUCCACAACGACAACUUGUUGCUAGGUACAAAGCGGCAAGAUGUAUACUUGGUCCUGUAUUGUGCUGUUACAGAAUGGAUAUGAUAGUGAGACGCAGCCAGCUGGUUGCUAGGAUACAGCAAGUCCACAACGACAACUUGUUGCUAGGUACAAAGCGGCAAGAUGUAUACUUGGUCCUGUAUUGUGCUGUUACAGAAUGGAUAUGAUAGUGAGACGCAGCCAGCUGGUUGCUAGGAUACAGCAAGUCCACAACGACAACUUGGUGCUGCAGACGGAGCUGGAAUUGUUGCGUCUCAGAACCUACCCCACACUCAAGU